AUGAGAGGUCUGCAGAUUGUGGCUGUGCUGCUCGUCCUCAGCAUCAGCAUCAACACCCUGAAUGCUCUGAGGUGUUACAACUGUGUGGCGCCCCCGUGUGGCGAGCAGGAGGACUGCGAGGACGCCAGCGACGUGUGCGGGACCCUGACCUGCACCAGCCCCCAUUCCUUCACGGCCAGGAGCUGUUUGAGUCCAGAUGAAGUGGAAUCUCUGGACAACACCAACGGCUGCAGUGUGAGCACCUGUACCCAGAACCUGUAUAUCUGUGUGGCGCUGGACUCUCAGGGCGGGUUUGAGAGAGAGCAGAUCAGGGAGCAGCUCGGAGGCUUCAUCGGACGCUUCUCCUUCGGCCGAUUGAGACGCUUUCUCUCCGGAAUCAUCUACGGAAACCCCUUCAGAGCAGACGAGGGGACCUUCCAGGAGCUCACCUUCUCGGACACGUACGACACGGACACGGUGCCGGACUACUAUGAGAAGUCGGCCAGCAUGAGCGACGUGUCCAGCGGGUUCAGAGAGAGCGGCCACGCCCGAGUCAACCUGCUCAAGCACAACAUCCCCAAGGGCCCCUGUGCUCUGUGUGGCAUGGGCCCCCAGAGGAGAGAGACCGUCUACGGCUGUCUGCACUGCUCACACGGGGGCCAGAAGUACACUCGCCUACAUGUGGUGCACUGCUUUGACAUGUGGCAUAAGAUGCAGAGGUGA